UUUCAACAGCCUCCCGUGGCGUGUUUCCAGAAACCCCAGCCUUGCAAACCUCCUUAGGGAGGAGGCAGCAGGGUUAAGCCAGAGUCGGGGUCCAGGAUGGAGCCUUUGGCCCCAAGGAGAGCUGGCUCUGAGCAGGAGGAGGGCUUCGGGGUCCCACCCAGGAGGGUCGCUGAUCUGGGUAUGCUCCCCCAUCUCCGGCGAAGCCACAGCAGCCUUUGCAAGAGCAGAAGACUGCAGUGUCACCUCAGCAGCAGUGAAAAGCAAGAAAAUCUCAGUUCAUGGAUCCCUGAAAACAUCAAGAAGAAAGAAUGCCUGUAUUUUGUGGAAAGCUCCAAACUGUCUGAUGCCGGGAAGGUGGUAUGUGAGUGUGGCUACACGCGGGAGCAGCACGUGGAGGAGGCCACCAAGCCCCACAUCUUCCAGGGCAAGGAGUGGGACCCAAAGAAGCACGUGCAGGAGAUGCCAACAGACGCCUUUGGUGACAUCGUCUUCACGGGCCUGGGCCAGAAAGUGGGGAAGUACGUCCGGGUCUCCCAGGACACACCAUCAAGCGUGAUCUACCAUCUCAUGACCCAGCACUGGGGCCUGGAUGUCCCCAACCUUCUCAUCUCGGUGACUGGCGGAGCCAAGAACUUCAACAUGAAGCUGAGGCUGAAGAGCAUCUUCCGGAGAGGCCUGGUCAAGGUGGCGCAGACCACAGGAGCCUGGAUUAUCACGGGGGGCUCGCACACUGGCGUGAUGAAGCAGGUGGGCGAGGCGGUGCGGGACUUCAGCCUGAGCAGCAGCUACAAGGAGGGAGAAGUGAUCACCAUCGGAGUGGCCACGUGGGGCACCAUCCACAACCGGGAGGGGCUGGUCCAUCCCACGGGCGGCUUUCCGGCCGAGUAUGUCCUGGACGAGGAAGGUCAAGGGAACCUGACCUGCCUGGACAGCAACCACUCCCACUUCAUCCUUGUGGAUGACGGGACCCACGGCCAGUACGGGGUGGAGAUCCCCCUGAGGACCAAGCUGGAGAAGUUCAUAUCGGAGCAGACCAAGGAGAGAGGAGGUGUGGCCAUCAAGAUCCCCAUCGUCUGCGUGGUGCUAGAGGGCGGCCCCGGCACGCUGCAUACCAUCUACAACGCCAUCACCAACGGCACGCCCUGCGUGAUCGUGGAGGGCUCGGGCCGCGUGGCCGACGUCAUCGCCCAGGUGGCCAGCCUGCCGGUCUCCGAGAUCACCAUCUGCCUGAUCCAGCAGAAGCUCAGCCUGUUCUUCCAGGAGAUGUUUGAGACCUUCACGGAGAGCAGAGUCGUCGAGUGGACCAAAAAGAUCCAAGACAUUGUCCGGAAGCGGCAGCUGCUGACCAUCUUCCGGGAAGGCAAGGAUGGUCAGCAGGAUGUGGAUGUGGCCAUCCUUCAGGCUUUGCUGAAAGCCUCUCGGAGCCAAGACCAUUUUGGCCAUGAGAACUGGGACCAUCAACUGAAGCUGGCCGUGGCCUGGAACCGCGUGGACAUUGCCCGCAGUGAGAUCUUCACUGACCAGUGGCAAUGGAAGCCCUCAGAUCUGCACCCUACGAUGACGGCCGCUCUCAUCUCCAACAAGCCCGAGUUCGUUAAGCUGUUCCUGGAGAACGGGGUGCGGCUGAAGGAGUUCGUCACCUGGGACACGCUGCUCUACCUGUACGAGAACCUGGAGCCCUCCUGCCUGUUCCACUGCAAGCUGCACAAGGUCCUGGCCGAGGAGCGCCUGGCCUGCGCGCCCACUGCCCGGCUGCAGAUGCACCACGUGGCCCAGGUGCUGCGGGAGCUCCUGGGGGACUCCACUCAGCCGCUGUACCCCAGGCCCCGGCACAGCGACCGGCCGCGGCUCUCGCUGCCCGUGCCCCACAUCAAGCUCAACGUGCAGGGAGUGAGCCUCCGGUCCCUCUACAAGCGCUCAUCGGGCCAUGUCACCUUCACCAUGGACCCGGUUCGGGACCUUCUCAUUUGGGCCAUCGUCCAGAACCGCCGGGAGCUAGCGGGCAUCAUCUGGGCACAGAGCCAGGACUGCAUUGCCGCUGCCCUGGCGUGCAGUAAGAUCCUCAAGGAGCUGUCCAAGGAGGAGGAGGACACAGAUAGCUCGGAGGAGAUGCUGGCCCUGGCGGACGAGUUUGAACACAGAGCCAUCGGGGUCUUCACCGAGUGCUACAGGAAGGAUGAAGAGAGAGCCCAGAAGCUGCUCAUCCGCGUGUCGGAGGCCUGGGGGAAGACCACCUGCCUGCAGCUGGCCCUGGAGGCCAAGGACAUGAAGUUCGUCUCUCACGGCGGCAUCCAGGCCUUCCUGACCAAGGUGUGGUGGGGCCAGCUCUGCGUGGACAACGGGCUGUGGCGGGUCAUCCUGUGCAUGCUGGCCUUCCCGCUGCUCUUCACUGGCCUCGUCUCCUUCAGGGAGAAGAGGCUGCAGGCCCUCGGCGGCCCGGCCCGCGCCCGUGCCUUCUUCAACGCGCCCGUGGUCAUCUUCCACCUGAACAUCCUGUCCUACUUUGCCUUCCUCUGCCUCCUGGCCUACGUGCUCAUGGUGGACUUCCAGCCCACGCCCUCCUGGUGCGAGUGCCUCAUCUACCUCUGGCUCUUCUCCCUGGUGUGCGAGGAGACGCGGCAGCUCUUCUACGACCCCGACGAGUGCGGGCUGAGGAAGAUGGCGUCCUUGUACUUCAGCGACUUCUGGAACAAGCUGGACGUGGCUGCCAUCCUGCUCUUCAUAGCGGGGCUGACCUGCCGGCUCAUCCCGUCCACCCUGUACCCGGGACGCAUCAUCCUCUCUCUGGCCUUCAUCAUGUUCUGCCUCCGCCUGAUGCACAUUUUUACUGUCAGCAAGACUCUGGGGCCCAAGAUAAUCAUCGUGAAGCGGAUGAUGAAGGACGUCUUCUUCUUCCUCUUCCUGCUGGCCGUGUGGGUGGUGUCCUUCGGGGUGGCCAAGCAGGCCAUCCUCAUCCACAACGAGAGCCGGGUGGACUGGAUCUUCCGAGGGGUCGUCUACCACUCCUACCUCACCAUCUUCGGCCAGAUCCCGGCCUACAUUGAUGGCGUGAACUUCAACAUGGACCAGUGCAGCCCCAAUGGCACAGACCCCUACAAGCCCAAGUGCCCCGAGAGUGACGCAGCGGGGCAGGCGCCGGCCUUCCCCGAGUGGCUGACGGUCCUCUUGCUGUGCCUCUACCUGCUCUUCACCAACAUCCUGCUUCUCAACCUCCUCAUCGCCAUGUUCAACUACACCUUCCAGCAGGUCCAGGAGCACACCGACCAGAUCUGGAAGUUCCAGCGCCAUGACCUGAUAGAGGAGUACCACGGCCGGCCACCUGCGCCGCCCCCCUUCAUCCUCCUCAGCCACCUGCAGCUCCUGGUCAAGAGGGUGGUGCUGAAGAUCCCAGCCAAGAGGCACAAGCAGCUCAAGAACAAGCUGGAGAAGAACGAGGAGGCCGCCCUCCUGUCCUGGGAGAUGUACCUGAAGGAGAACUACCUGCAGAACCGGCAGUGCCAGCUCCAGCAGCAGCCGGAGCAGAGGAUCCAGGACAUCAGCAGCAAGGUGGACGUCAUGGUGGCGCUGCUGGACAUGGACCGUGUGAAGAGAUCGAGCUCCAUGGAGCAGAGACUGGCCUCCCUGGAGGAACAGAUGGCCCAGACGACCAGAGCCUUGCAGUGGAUCGUGGCGACCCUGAAGGACAGUGGCUUUGGCUCAGAAGCAGGUGUGCCCACUCUAGCAUCCCAGAAGGCCACCGACGAGCCGGAUGCUGAGCUGGGCAGCCGGAGGCAGGCAGAGGAAGCAGGAGAUGGCUAUCACGUGAAUGCCCGGCACCUCCUCUACCCCAACUCCCCCGUCACACGCUUCCCUGUGCCCAACGAGAAGGUGCCCUGGAAGGUGGAGUUUGCCAUCUAUGACCCUCCCUUUUACACGGCCGAGAGGAAGGACACAGCCCUCGUGGACCCUGUGGGAGAUGCCCCGGAGCCUCUGUCCAGGAUCAGUUUCAACACCCUGGAUGGACCGAGGGACCGCCGCAGCUUCCACGGGGCCUACGCAGUGCGGGACGGGCUCCCCCUGAACCCCAUGGGCCGCACAGGGCUGCGUGGACGCGGGAGCCUCAGCUGCUUUGGACCCAACCAUGCGCUGCACCCCGUGGUCACCCGGUGGCGGAGGAACCAGGAUGGAGCCAUCUGCAGGAAGAGCAUAAAGAAGAUGCUGGAGGUGCUGGUGGUGAAGCGUCCUCUCCCAGAGCUCUGGGCCUUGCCAGGGGGGUCCCGGGAGCCAGGGGAGAAGCUGCCGCAGAAGCUGAAGCAGAUUCUCCGGCAAGAGUCCUGGCCGGCCGUUGAGGACCUGCUGCAGCAGGGGGUGGAGGUGUACAAAGGGUACGUGGACGACCCGAGGAACACGGACAACGCCUGGAUCGAGACAGUGGCCAUCAGCGUCCACUUCCAGGACCACAAUGACGUAGAGCUGAAGAGGCUGAAUUCUUACCUGCACGCCCGCGACCCUGGGGUGUCCAUCCGCUGGCAGGUGGUGGACAGGCGCAUCCCGCUGUACGCGAACCACAAGACCAUCCUCCAGAAGGCAGCCGCUCUGUUCGGAGCUCACUACUGACCGGCCGCAGGUGGCGCUGGUCCAUGGAUGGUCCCCCCUUGGUGGCCUGUGUGGGCUAAUACCUGCUGUCUGAGGCACACGCAGCCCUGGACCUCAGGGUGGGGAGCAGGGCUCCGGUGGAGUCGACCCCCCGAGGCCACUGCGAGUAGCAGCCGAGGGAGCUCCUGAGCUGGAGGCCCCAGGCCCGAGAGCAGCGAGGCGGACUCGGGGUCCAGGAGCCCCUGCACCCUGUCGGCCAUGGUUGCCUCUCCUGGGCUGCCGGCAGCCGGACACAGGCCCUGCAGCUCAACCCUCAGCCAGGGACCAGGCCCUCCCUGGCCACAUCACCACGAGGGCACGUCCACCCUGCGGGCACGUCCACCCUGCGGGCACGUCCACCCUGCAGCGGCAUCAGCCCAGCUGAGCUUCCUGAAGAUGUGGGGUCCCUGAGGCUCCUCCCGCCAAUGCCUGUGAGGACUCAGGGCGGGCAGCCAGCCCCCAGAUGGCCUCUCAUGCUGAGAUGGGCCUGACCCAGACCCCCACCUGGACAGAGGCAGGGACAAGCCAGGAGUCCUCCGGGAUGUGGACACGUGGAGCCCGGGGCCCACAGAAGCACAGAAGACCCAGAACUGCGUCCCCUCCCCUGGGGGCCGAGGACCGGCUCUGGCAGGAAGGAGCUGUGGGAGGGUGGGGACUGUGGGGCCCGGGUUUGGUCACUGAGAAAGAAACCGUCAGGUGCCCUCGGAGGGGAACGCUGUGGAACCCGGGCGUUCAGUCCUGUGGAGCCGCGGGCCUGGCCAGCGCUCCAGCGCCUUUCCCAAUAAAGUCACUGACACCUCGUGGUGGGGCCGUGGCCGGGGACCUCUC